UUGCGGCCAGCCCGGGUGGGAAGGCGGCGGGGUAAGGGGACCGGAGCCGGACCCAGCCCGGACCACCCGAGCGGAGCUGCCGCCGCCCGCAUCCCCCCCCGGCUCGGGGCUGGAGAGCCACGCCGCCCCGGCUCCCCGCGAGAGAACCAACUAUGCGAAGUGGCAAGAAAACUGAAACUACUCUUUUAGCAGAAAAAUGUUGGCUUUCUGCGCCUUUCACGUGUUUUCCGUUUGCUUCGUAAUGGGAGGAGCAGGAUUAUCUGAAUCACUGAGGCAAAGUUUGGGCAUCGUUGGCUGAAGAUAAGAUGAAAGAAGACUUGAAAAUAUGUCAAUAUUCUCUGACUAUUAAUUCAGACAUACGUUUCACAAGCAGAGGGGAAUAGUGGGAAAAGCACUGCAGUUUCAUCAAAAGGAGCUAAUGGAGGACCUAUGUUGAUUUUAAUUUUUUUAUUAAUUUUUUGCCUUCCUACUCUUCCAUGAGUCCCAAAAGAGAAAGAUGGAAAGACUGUGUAUACAAGGUGAGAUAGGGGAAGGCUGAAGGCAAUAGCUUCAGUUAGGGAGCCUUUUUUCCAAGUGCUGGAAAUUCCCUAUUUCAUCCAAUACAACACAUUGUUUCAAAUAAAUUAUAUAAAUUUGUGAUUAGUGGAGUGUUUGUCAGCUCUGGAGGUGGAAUUUGACCUGAUUGAUAGCUUUUUGAAAAAGUGAAUGUAUGACUUUGAUUCCUUUUUUCAAGUCAGGUUUUUCAAGUUGUCAAAGGAGAGUGUUUCAGUCUGUUACUGUGUAUUGUCAACCUGUGUUUUAUAUGCAUAUCUUAGAGAUUUUACUUUUUUUCUAAUUUUAGUAUUUAUGCUGUAGUGUUGUGUUUGAGAAAAGUGUGAACAGACAAGGCUCCUGAGAUUUAAGUUUUUGACAGCCUUGUUAUUUCUAUAUGGCAGCUCAGAUUGUAAGUAAUCUGAGUAUCUGUUAGAAUGCACAGUACAUGCUAAGUAUUUUUUGCCUAAAAAUAUGCCUUAAGAUGUUAAUUUUUUUAUUAAUUGGAACAAAGUCUGAUAUCUGAACGCUGCUUAGCUAGGAAAUGCAUGCCUGGGGAAGAGGAGCUGUCUAAUGGAUCAUGGCUCUGAUGUUCACGGGGCAUACUUUAUUUCUAGCAUUAAUGAUGUUUGCUGUCUUUACUUUUGAAGAAUCUGUGAGCAAUUACUCUGACUGGGUGACUUUCGUAGAAAAUGUAGAUCAAUAUGAAAAACAGCAACUUGAAGGUCUUAGUUCUGAGCAGAAGCUGAAAAAAACAGUUCUUCAUCCAAGCUUGUAUUUUGAUGCUGAAGAUGUCCCAGCACUAAGGCAGAAGGCUCAUACGAGCCAUUCUCAUCUAUUUAGGGCCAUUAGAAGUGCAGUGACGGUUAUGCUAUCUAAUCCAUUAUACUACCUACCUCCACCCAAGCAUGUUGAUUUUGCUGCGAAGUGGAAUGAGAUUUACGGUAACAAUCUGCCAACUCUAGCAUUUUAUUGUUUGUUAUGCCCCGAAGAUAAAGCUGCGUUUGAUUUUGCCCUAGAAUAUAUGGAUAGGAUGUCUGGCUACGAGAACUGGUUGGUUGAGAAUGCACCUGGAGAUGAAGUGCCACUUGGUCACUCCCUAACAGGAUUCGCCACUGCUUUUGACUUCCUGUAUAAUUCACUGGAAAAUGAGAGAAGGCAAAAAUACCUGGAGAAGAUAUGGUCUGUAAGUGAGGAAAUGUAUGAGUACUCAAAGAUUCGUUCCUGGGGAAAGCAGCUUCUCCAUAAUCACCAAGCAACCAAUAUGCUUGCUUUGCUUAUUGGGGCUUUAGUUGCAGGCGUAGACAAAGGAAAUCAGGCAAAUAUUUGGAAGCACACUGUUGUUGAGGUGAUGGAGAAAGCAAUGUUUCUGCUCAAUCAUAUUGUAGACGGUUCUCUGGAUGAGGGAGUGGCUUAUGGGAGUUACACAUCCAAGUCAGUAACCCAGUAUGUUUUCCUAGCCCAGCGCCACUUUGGUAUUAACAACUUGGAUAAUAACUGGCUCAAAAUGCACUUUUGGUUUUACUAUGCCACCCUGUUACCGGGCUUUCAGAGGACUGUGGGCAUAGCAGAUUCUAAUUACAACUGGUUUUAUGGUCCUGAGAGCCAACUAGUUUUCUUGGAUAAAUUUAUCAUGAAGAAUGGAGCUGGCAACUGGCUGGCACAGCAGAUUAGAAAACAUAGACCCAAGGACGGGCCAAUGGUGCCGUCCACUGCACAGAGGUGGAGCACACUGCACACUGAAUUUAUAUGGUAUGCUGCUGAAAUCAGUCCUCAGCCGCCUCCUGACUAUGGUACUGCUAAAAUGCACGUGUUUCCUAACUGGGGAGUAGUCACUUACGGGGCUGGAUUGCCAAACAGUCAAACAAACACUUUUGUGUCCUUUAAGUCUGGAAAACUUGGUGGACGUGCUGUCUACGAUAUUGUUCACUUUCAACCAUAUGCCUGGAUUGAUGGGUGGAGAAGUUUCAAUCCGGGACAUGAACAUCCUGAUCAGAACUCUUUCACUUUUGCUCCCAAUGGACAGGUGUUUGUGUCUGAGGCUCUUUAUGGACCUAAACUCAGCCACCUGAACAAUGUCUUGGUCUUCGCUCCAUCUCCUACGAGCCAGUGCAACCAGCCUUGGGAGGGACAGCUUGGCGAGUGUGCCCAAUGGCUGAAGUGGAUUGGUGAUGAGGUUGGAGACUCAGCUGGAGAAAUUAUAACAGCCUCCCAGGCUGGAGACAUGAUGUUUGUGAGUGGUGAGGCGGUAUCUGCUUACACAUCAGCAAUGAAAUUGAAAAGUGUGUAUCGCAUUUUGCUGCUCUUAAAUUCUCAGACAUUAUUAGUAGUAGACCAUAUUGAGAAGGAGGAAGACUCUCCUGUUAAUUCUGUCAGUGCCUUUUUUCAUAACCUUGAUAUUGAUUUUAAAUACAUACCGUAUAAAUUUAAGAACAAAUACAAUGGAGCUAUGAUGGAUGUGUGGGAUGCCCACUACAAGAUGUUUUGGUUUGACCAUCAUGGGAGUAGUCCUGUUGCUAGGAUACAGGAGGCAGAACAAGCUGCUGAAUUCAAAAAACGAUGGACUCAGUUUGUAAAUGUUACCUUUCCAAUGAAAAACACACUUACAAGGAUUGUUUACCUUUUCUAUGGCCCAUACGUCAAUGUUUCUAACUGCAGACUCAUAGACAAUGCAAAAUCUGGAUUUCAGAUUUCACUCAGUGUCAACAACACUGAAAAUACCAUCUCUGUUGUGACUGAAUAUCAGAAUUUAAAGACAAGAUUCGAUUAUUUGGGAUUUGGUGGUUUUGCCAAAGUAGUCCAUGAAAACAAAGUGACUAAGUUUGCUCUAGGUACUGAAUCUGUGGAAAAACGGAUACAAAAUAUGAGGAUAAUUUUCCCGUUUGGAUUCAAAGUAAACAUAAUUGCAGGUUUAGUUUUGGGUGUUAGUUUGAUCAUACUGGCUUUUCACUGGCGGUUUUACAUAUCCUUCAGUAAAAUAUUGCGUUGGAUCCUGAUACUGGUUGUUACACUGUGGAUUAUUGAAUUGGUGGAUGUGUGGAGCACGUGUACUCAGCCCAUCUGUGCAAAAUGGAACGGUGACAUGACAAGACUAGAACAUGAUAAAAGCAAUAAAGCCAAACAAUUAGAAGGAAACCCUGUUGUUUUACCAGAUGUUAUCAUUACUUCACUUCCCACUUCUGGUGCAGAAAUUUUAAAACAGCUGUUUUUCAAUAGCAGUGACUUCUUAUACAUCAGGAUACCUACACCCUAUCUUGAAAUUCCUGAAACUGAAUUUGGAAUUAAUUCCUUUGUAGAUCCAUGUGAAUGGAAGGUUUCUCAUGUCCAGAAUGGUCAUUUUCGUCUUAUCCAAGGGUGGCUUCAAUCUCUAGUUCGAGACACAAAGUUACAUUUACAAAACAUUCAUUUAUAUGAAGCCAGCAAAAGUAAAAUUGCUCAGCAUUCUGCCAUAAGCAAGGACAAAAAGAAAAGAUCCAGAAAGAGAGAAUCUUUGUCAGAGCAAAGAAGCAGGGCAAGAGGGAGUCAAGAUAAAGAUGCUGAAUAUAUUAGAGAACUGAGAAGACAUCUCAACUAUUACCCGAAUGCACGACCUGUGCUUAGUUUAAGUAGCGGGAGCUGGACACUAAAGCUUCCCUUCUUUCAGGAAAUCCUAGGACCAUCAAUGAGAGCAUUAUAUGUAGUAAGAGACCCACGGGCAUGGAUCUAUUCAAUGUUGUACAAGAAUAAGCCAAGCCUUUAUUCCUUGAAAAAUGUUCCACAACACUUGGCUGCAAUGUUUAAACUGCAGAACGGUAAAGGAAAAUGUAGUUUAAAUGAAGGCUAUGCCUUUGAAUAUGAAUCACUAAGAAAAGAACUUUCAAAUUCAAAUUCAAAUGCUGUUUCUAUAUUGUCCUAUUUAUGGUUAGCAAACACAGCAGCAGCACUGAGAAUAAAUGGGGACUUGCUGCCAACAAACUAUCAGUUGGUCAAGUUUGAAGAUAUUGUGAGCUUUCCUCAGAAGACGGCUGAAACAAUUUUUGCCUUUCUUGGUAUUCCUCUUUCUCCUGCUAGCUUAAACCAAAUAUUAUUUGCCACUUCCACCAGUCUUUUCUAUCUUCCUUAUGAAGGGGAAAUUUCACCAAGUAGCAUUCAUGCCUGGAAACAAAACAUGCCCAAUGAAGAGAUUAGACAGAUUGAAGAUAUCUGUUGUUCUCUAAUGGACCACUUAGGAUACCCAAAGUUUGUAGAGUAAAUGCUGCCGGUCAGCAGAAAUUUGCACUAACGAUCUCUGGCUCCCGAUUUGUGAAUAAAUAUUAAAGAAUUUUGUUUAUUCUUGUAAAAUGUGUACAGUGCUACUCUCAGAGAGAUUAUUUUAAGAAAAAUGAUAGUUGUUCCUGCAGCUGUGAGGUGGUUGUUUUGUUUUUUGUUUUGAUGGAGUUUUUUUGUUUUGAUAUGUUUUUUAAAAGAUGUUGCAACUACUUUUGCUGCCUUUCAAAAAAAAAACCUGUGUGAACCUUUGUAGAGCUACCAGCUGGGGACUCUAUAGCUCAGGGGUUUAGUAAUAGAAUAUGGAGCUUUUCACCUCUAGCUCAACAGCUUCACUCCAGCCCAAGUGGUCAAUUCCUGAAAGUAUUUACCAUCUGAUGAUUGUAUGACUGCUUAUGUGAAAUUCAACUGGUUAAACUAGUCCAGUUCCCAAUGGUGAUAAUUAGCCCCUUUGGACAGGUUUACUAAUGCAUUUUGUCUGUUUCGCACUGGUCACUGUAGUGGUGCAAAAUAAACAUAAGCUUAGAUUUAAGUCUGUUCAGCAUCCCUUCAGCAGGAGGGAAGAGUCAGAACACAUGAGUGAAUCUAAUUCCUUAUUUACGGUCUCAACAGGCCCUGUCAUUAUAGAAUAUAGUUCCUUCAGCUCAGAAAUGUGUCACUGAAGUUGGGGUUUGUGCUUUGACAAAAGAGGAGACUCGAUCCUCCAUGCCUGACAAUGUGGUGCCCUUUGCGAGCCUGGAGUAGACUGUCACGAGAAAAAGAAAUGGAACAAAGUCUAAGUAACCAACACGGUGUCCCAAAUGAAGAGUUAAAUUUGGAGAAGACUUUGUAUAGUUUUGCCCUGCCUCAACCUAACUUAAUUUUGAAGGUUGUUAAUGUCUUGGCUCCUUGCUUUACCCUGUACCUCUUGUCUGAGAGGUUCUGCAAGGAUUUUCACUCUUUGAGUGAGACUCUUCCAUCCUUCCUUGUUUUAACACAUUUCUCAGCUGAUUAUUGUGCAUAGUUUCACCGAGACCAAUGCAAAUAUUUGAUGUCAUUGUCAAUGGUUUAUUGUUGAUGUCUGCUUAAAAUGGCAAUCUGAGAUUAGAAGAUUUUAAAUAAAUCCCCAAGUCUGUGUUACUGAUGAAUGUUUUGCCUUUCUGUGUAAUGAAUUUCUGAAGGACAACCAUUGCUAACCUCAGGUCUUCUUUCAGAGAGCGGGGGAAUCUGAAAAUCACCCAUCGCUCCGCCACCUGACAUUUGAGUGAUGUUUUGUUGCAGUAAACUAUUUCCAAAGUUGUCUGAUUUUUAUCAUGAUUAGCGUUUCUUUAACAUGGUACUGUAAUAUGAUGUUGGUUUGGGAACAGAUAAGCUUGAUAGGAUAGAUGUGUCUUUGUCACAGCUUAUUUUCUUCAGUCACACUCCUUGCUUAUGCAUGGCCAUUAAGAAAAUAUUUUCCCAUUUCCCAAUUUAACUUGCUCAGCUUUCUUUGGAAACCUAUGCAUAUUGUAAACGUCUGCAGACGUAUAAAUCAGAUCACAAGGAGACAUCUGUUUAUUUUACCAUCUGUUUUCUGUUACAACUGGAAUUGUCUUGAAAUAUGCGUUAGUUGGUUUGUGGGAGGUGAGAUCAGAGCUUUAGCUUCUUAUAUUAAAAUAUGUAUAUAAUUACUGUUUAUUUGGAUGGUAAACAUUAGUCGAUGUCAAUACAAAUUACUGGUACCCUUGCUAUUUUUUAAUAUAAAGGAGUUCUUGCCUUUCAUUCCAGUCUUACUAUUUUGCCCCUGCCUUACCCUGCUGUCUUGUCUCUCCCAUACAUAUAUUUCACAUCCUUUGGAGCACAUUGUGAUAUCUCAUUAUGACCUAGAUAAAAGUAGCUUUCUUGGCCAGUCAUUAGUAUGUCAAAAUAGGCCUCUAGCACAAUAAAGCUAUUGAUAUUUUGCGGUCUCACUAACCAUAACUUAGCUGUCUUUUAGCAGUAGUUGCUUUUUCCCCCUUCAGUCCUAGAUUUCACCCCUGACUAGGUGGAAUGCCAUAUUAAAAGAAAUGCUAAACAAGUUAAUUUACUGACACGUUAGUGAAACUUUGGUUUUCAAGUAUCAUUCUUUCAAAUUUGCUUCUCUCUGAAGCCACUUUUUAUGUAUGUUAAAAAAAGAAAAAAAUUAUUAAUGUCUGUACAGUCUGUACUUGACAGAAUAAGUUUCACCAUUUGCUUUCUAUUUCCAGGAUUUACACUGUAGAAUCAGAACAAAUAAAAAGACUUUUCUGUGUCAGAUGUUUUAGGGCAGCUGAAAGUAAGAAUUAAUACUGUGUAUUUGUGGAAGUAGAAAGAGACCUUUAAAUCCCUUCCUGAAAUUGCCAUGUGGAAUGUCACAAUAGCCUCUAAACCAACUUUCUAUUUGUUGUUGAGGAGUUUGAGUGGACAGAAUCAUUUGUUGAGAGCAUCAUCUGUGCUGCUUUUGGAAUACAGGUUAUUCUAUGCACUAAGCUCAUAAUAGCAUUGUUACUAUCAUUAAUUAUAUGCAAGAUUUAGGAGCUAUUUCUUUUGGGUACUGUACUUUCCCAGUUCAAAGAACACAUAACCAGUUAUUCGGAUUUCAUUGCAUUGUAUGUUCCUUAUACAAAUGUAAAAAUGUAGAAGAAAACUCUGUUCAUUGUUUUUAAAUCUCGUGAGGGCAAGUGCGUUAUAAUCAUUAUGCUAAAAAUAUGUAAAAGGAAAAGUAGUGUCUUGGAAAACAACAGAGUAGAAAUGCCUAAGUUAUUGCAAGUCUCCAACUUUCAAUCAAAUAAUCAUUUUAUUUAGUUUUAGAUGAUGUUACAUGACCACUUGACCAAAGUUAUUACUAAACAGGUAGAAUCCCAGCUAUGGGGCUGAAUGACUUUGUGUUGAGAUUGUGGCCUUCUACUUGUAUGAAUAGCAACCAAGACACAACAGAAAGCUGAAUAAACAUGCAUAUGGCUGAUUAGAAUGCCUGCUAAAAGAUGCAGAUCUGUGACUUUGUAGAAUAAAUUUCAGUGGCACCAUCCAUAAAACGACACUGGUGGUAUGGAGAAGCAAGUGAGGUCUGGUGUUCAAAAACUAAAAAAUACUUCUGAUUUUCUGUAUUAAAGGGUAAGUUUCAAUUUUGUGUCUGUACUGAUAUUAAGUCAAAUUGGUCAUUAAAGAGAUUUUCUUUUUUUCUUAAGCAAGUGUUCUUGUUCAGACUAAUGUGGUUCUGUAUAUUAAGAAUAUGACUGCAAUGUCAUAAUAUGAAAUGAUUUUUAUGGAUAUGCAGAUUUAUCCUCAAAAUUCUGGUGUCACUAUCAUCCAGAGGAAGAAUGGUCACUAUAUAGCCACAGACAUUAACCUCCCCUUUCUCCAUAUAAUAAUGUUUAAGAUUGUCAGUAAAAUUUGAGAAUUGUUAGACCUUUUUGGAAAGCAUGUCUGUUCUGGUAUUUUCUAUUGAAAAGUGUUCUGGCGCUUUCAGUUACACUUACAUAAAUAUGCUCAUGAAAACUAGUCUCAGUACUUUAUUUAACUUAUCUUUUUCUCCCCCUGUUAAAUGUUGAAAAUUAUUUGUACUAUAUUGUAGCUUGAACUAAUUAUGAGUCAGCUGACGUAUUUUUAAAAAGCAGGCUUUAUUUAAAUGCAUGUAUUUCUGAAUCAUGUUUGGAAGCCCAAGAAAACUAAACGCCAAAGAAAACAUUUCAGUUAUUUGCUUACUUUGUAACUAAGUGACAUUGACCCCGGGGAGAUGCACAUGGCUUUUGGCAUUCAGCGUUCUGUCAAAUCGCAUGAAUCUAUAGUCUCUGAGCAUAUCUAAGUGCCUGUAUUGCUCCCAGUAGUUUUUUUCCAGGAGCAGUGUCUGUGGAGACGACCCUUGUUAUCAUGGUCGGAUUGGUUCCUUUCACCUUCUCAGCAUGCAGUCAGCAUGCAGUCCUCAUUGGAUUUGUGUUUGAGCAGUUAAUUUGCCAGAUCCAGGGCUGAAUUUCUGUACAAGAUCCUCAAUUAUAUGUAAAAUAUGAGGCACAACUCAUAUGACAGUGUAAUACUAUUCUGAUGGUGCUGGAACGCAAAUCAAACAAAACAUACACUUUAGGUUUUAUGAAAUUAUUGGUAACUGACUUGUAAAGCUACAGUCAUGGAUCAUAUUUUUUUUUUGAAACUGUAGAAAUGGUUUCAGUUGCUCUUGAAAUUUAAUGAUGUGACUGCUAGGGGAGUCCUGGCUUCACCUGACAGUUAAUUAUUUCUGUUAUUAGUCUUAGACACACUAUUUAUUUGAUGAACGUGAACUUUCAUAAUCUACUGUAGAAUACUGCAUUUGCUGAAAAUAUUUGAAUUGCACAAUUUGAGAAUAAGGAUAAAAAUAUGUUAGCUUAAUAUUUUUGUAAGUUACAAAAGUUACCCCCUUUGCAAAUGGCCUAUGUUUUGGGUUCCAUAUGUUGGAAUAUUUUAUAAUUAGAAACUGUGAUAUUUAUUUAGUUGACUUAGAAGUAAUUUAUCAGAAUUGUUUCUUUUUAGUUACACAUAAAGAGAUUAUGUACUAGAUCUUAACUCUUCUAUGAACAGGACAUCAUAAACAUUCCUUCCUUUGUCCAGACUACCUUUUAGCUUUGAUUCAGACUAAAGUCUUUCUUUAAAUCUCACCAUAAAUGUAGUGGUCUUUUGAGUGAGGAGUUUGUCUGAGGACUCUAUAUAAAAGUCUCAAAUCCCAUUUCAUUGCAUUUCAGUGUGCAAUAUUAUGGACUAUGAGUGACGGAUCAAAUCUCCAAAUUGUGAGCUCUUCAGAACUGGGCCAUAAGUCGAAUGAUGCCUUGCUGACUUCAAUAACUGCUUUGCCAUUGACUUCAACAGAACCAAAAUAUUAUCUGCUAUCGUGAAACUGUUGUCAUCUAGUUCGCCUGAAUAUUCCAAAACAGCAGAAAUUACAGCAAGUAAAUACCUGAAAAAUGAUCAUGAAAGAUUACUGUUCUUGUUAUUUGAUGAAAAAAGAAAAUGCAUUAUAAUAACAUAAAAAAUAUAAAUUGGUCUGUAGCCCUUAUCAAACCUACCUGCAGGCUGUCUGAUAAAUUUAUAAACUCAUAAGAGAAAGUACAGAAACAAACAGCUAUUCAAAGUAAUGUACAAAGCAGUUUCAAAUGUCAGAACUUUGAUUUUCUUUAUUGAGGAGAAAUUUGCUGAUAUGUGAUCUACAUUAUUCCACAAAGGAUGUGAAUGGGUAAUCUUUUGCUCUCUCAAAAUACUAAAUAAUGGCAAAGUGCUGUUUCACAUUACUGAAAUUAUACUCUUCGAAAUUAAAUAAUACAUCUUUUGAGCUGACAAUAUGCUGAGAGCUAUAUGUGAUGUAGGAGAACAAAGACAGUCUGAUUUCAUUCACACCUGUCUAACAGAAAAAUUUCUGAAAGAGUCUUCAUUUAUGCUGGAAUAAACUCAACAUUUAGUUUACUGUCUUCACUGAGAAAGGUAUCGUAGUGUUUAAGAGCGUGAACUGAAUUAAUCUUUCUCACAUUAGGUAAUUUAGCUUUUACACCUAAGUAAGGAGCCUUGUCAAUCUAAAAUCAAUGGAAAGUGAGUGUCACCUUCAAAAGUAAAUCAGACAUAGCUUACCUCUUUGUAAAUCCUCAAAAGUCAAGGGUGACUUACUUAGAUGUCCACUGAAAGACCUCAAAUUAAGUAGGGUGAAUUUGGCUUUAAAGAUGUAUCGUCUGUGUCUGAGCUGUUCUAAUGCAUACACUGUCAAAACAAAUUUUUAUGAAACAUCCUGCAUAAAAUAAAAUAAUUCUUAGUAAAAUAGUACUUGUGUGUUAUACUUUUUUCUUCUUAAAUUAUUCCACCACUUAUAUCAGAAACUUUGUAAUGUUGUCAAGUGUAUGUAUUUAAAUUUUUUAAAUAUUGCUGGUUUUAUUUGUUUUGAAUAAGGGACCCAUUGUUAUCUUUCAGAAAGUAUUGAUGGCAAGACUGGAUUCUGUCUUGCCUCAGAUGCACAGUGAGUAUGUUUGCUGGUAAGUAAAAAACCACAAAAUAGCUAUAUUCACAGAAUAAAAAGGGGGCUUUGCUACUUAGUUCCUGGAAACUGAACAGCUGGUGUAAUCCAUAAUUUUUAAGUUACUUAGUCUAUAAACACUAGCUAUACGUAAAGUGCAUAUUUAGAACAGUUCCUCUUCUAAUUCCUGAACUAUACCUAGGAAUUUUUUCAGAGACUGGUUUCUGGCCCAGAGACUAUCCUAACAAAUUACCAGUGUAGGUAAGUUCCAGCAGCCAUGAAUGUUCUCUACUGUGUUUCAUUUUUUUCUUUAAAAGGCACAUAAACAAGUUAACUGGAAUAGCUACAGCCUUCUGGAUCUCUCUUACUGAAUGUGGGCUGGCACAGGCAGAUGCAGAGGUACAGGUAGUUCAGUAUCCGUAUUACUGCAACAGUGCAUCUGUGCUGCAACUAGUUUUCUGCAGAAGAGCUUUGCAGGUUUAACUAACUGAUUUUUUUGUUAUUAUUGUUCAUUUAAUUUAGCGGAAGGUGCUUAGGAUAUUCGUCAAACAUAAGAGCAAGAAGAUCUGGUUCUCUCCUGUGAACUUCAGCAUGUUGUAAAGCAAAGGUUUACGUGUUUUUAAGUCUUGAUAAUAUUUAGCUGUUAAAUAGGUUUAAUAAUUUUUUGGAGGGGGUUGCUUUGUUUUGUUUUCAUGUUUUUGGGG